GAAUGUUUUUAAUUUUCAUUUUCAUCCUUAAUCCUUGGAACCUCUCUUCGUCUUCGUCUUCUUCAACAACCACAACAAUCACUGGUCGUUACUUCUUCGCCAUAACAAACCUAUUCUUUCUUUCUCUACUCUACUCAAAAACCCCUUAACCCCUAACUCUUUCUCUCUCUCUGCCGCCGCCGCCGCCGCCGCCGCUUCAGCUGGGUCCUCCGCCCGACUCACUUCACCGGCUCUCUAACCUUCUUCGCUAUCAUCAGGGUGCAGUCUGUUUUUCAUUCUGAUUAAUUAUGGGAAGCAGUCCAGCACCAUUUUCAGAUAUUGGGAAAAGAGCAAAAGACCUUUUGACCAAGGAUUACAACUUUGAUCAGAAGUUCUCUUUGUCAGUGAUUGGAUCAUCAGGACUGGGACUUACAGCUACAGGUUUGAAAAGGGAUCAAAUUUUCAUUGGUGAUCUAAAUACCUUGUACAAGAGCGGAAACACUACUGUGGAUGUGAAAAUCGAUACCUACUCUAAUGUGAUCACAAAAGUGACAGUGAGUGAUGUCUUGCCAAAUACCAAAACAGCAAUCAGCUUCAAAAUACCAGAUAACAAAUCUGGCAAGCUAGAUGUUCACUACCUACAUCCACAUGCUGCUAUUGAUUCCAGUAUUGGUCUUAACCCAAACCCUCUUUUGGAGGUAUCAGCUGCUAUUGGAUCGAAGGAGCUGAGUUUGGGUGGUGAAGUUGGAUUUGAUACUGCUUCUGCUUCAUUCACCAAGUACAAUGCUGGGAUCAGUUUGAACAAGCCUGAUUUUACUGCCUCUGUUUUAUUGACGGACAAAGGACAGGCACUGAAGGCAUCAUACAUUCAUUAUGUCAACUCCACAAAUGGAACAACAAUUGCUGCCGAGCUGAUCCAUCGGUUUUCCUGCUAUCAGAACAAUUUCACAAUAGGAAGCUCUCACGCAGUUGAUCCUUUCACCGUGGUAAAAGCACGAUUCUCGGACAGUGGGAAAGCCGCCAUGCUAUGUCAACAUGAAUGGAGACCGCGAUCAAUAAUUACAGUCUCAGCUGAGUUUGAUUCGAAGGCCAAUAACGCAUCCCCGAAGCUGGGUCUUGCUCUUGCUUUGAAGCCUUGAUCUGGGAAACCUCCUUUUGAUCCCAUUUUGCAACAUGUCAUAUUUUUUUUCAUCCAUAAUUAAGAGCUUCACUUUGAUUGAUAUAAUGGGAAGCUGAGAAGUUGGUUAAUCCAUUGAUAAAAUGUUGUAAAUGGUGGGGUAAUUGGACCCAUUUUUGGAAAGUUUUUUUUUUUUUUACAAAAAAAUAGGACAUUAUUUUUGUUGCCAAACAACAUUGAUGAUUUGGCAUUUGAGAUUAAUAUUUCAUAGACAGGUUUUAGUUGAGUUUGAUUUGUUUCUUUAAGUCACAAAUCUAAAGAGAAAGUCUUUAGACAAAUAAAAGUAUGCAUGGACCAUGUGAUAAGUUUUACUUUAUGACAA